AAGUCAUUGAUUAGAAGAGUUUAAGUAGGGGGCGUGUGGUGGCGCACGGCAGAGCAACAGUAUGAAUCCGAUGAGAAUGAGAAUGGAUCCACUGACAGUUCUUCGAGAUUUCACGAUGAGAGGUGAAUUGGAGAAGAUUCUCCGUCACGACACCGACUUCCGUUUCGGCGACGAAUACACCUUCCCUUCCUCUCUCGAAACCGCUUACCGCUCCACCAAAGGUAACCGUUACACACUUGAAACCCUAGUUCACUACAUCAGAAACCACCACCUCAAACACACCGAGUAUUUUCAAAACACUCUAGCUCUCGGCAUCCCCUCCGUAUCCCUCCCUGAUCGGAAACCAAUCCUUAACUACCUUCAAGGAAUUAUCCCCACCACCGAUUCCAUCGAAUAUCUCCCCGAAGAGCCUUCAAUUGCUGAAGAUCCUUCCCUAAAUCAGCAACAACCGUCUCUACUUCCCAAUUCAGAUGACGUCGUUUUUCAAGCUCAAGAGCCUCAAUUGGAUUUCAUCUCCAUGAUCAGAACCGCAGAGAAGCCUCUCAAGGACCGCCAAUCUCUCCUCGAAUGUAAGAAUCGCGACUUCUACAGUGUUCUCGUUGCUGCCACCAAGCGCGAAGAAGAGCGCCAGAGAAUGGAGUCUCACCAGAGGAAAGACGGCCUUGUUGCUAAGAGCAGGUUAAUGGGUAGUUCUGAUGAUUUUGGUGAUGAGUUGGGUUAUGAUCAAACUCCUAAACCUAAAAUGCAUCUCAAAAUUGGGGAAGGUGUUCCAAUUAUUUUGGUUCCUAGUGCUUUUCAGACACUCAUUACUAUCUAUAAUGUGAAGGAGUUUUUGGAAGAUGGGGUUUAUAUACCUACUGAUGUUAAGGUGAAGCAGAUGAAAGGUGCAAGACCUGAUUGUGUUACUGUUCAGAAGAAGCUUAGUAGGGAUAGAGCUGUGACUGCUUAUGAAGUUAGGGAUAAGCCUUCUGCACUUAAACCCGAGGAUUGGGACCGUGUUGUCGCAGUUUUUGUCUUGGGAAAGGAUUGGCAGUUCAAAGACUGGCCUUAUAAGGAUCAUGUCGAAAUUUUCAAUAAAAUUACUGGAUUUUUUAUGCGGUUUGAAGAUGAUAGUAUAGAGUCGGCAAAGACUGUUAAGCAGUGGAAUGUGAAGAUUAUCUCGAUUAGUAAGAACAAGCGGCAUCAAGACAGGGCUGCGGCAUUGGAGGUGUGGGACAGACUAGAAGAAUUUGUGCGCUCGCGAUCACAUUCUUGAUUUGUACCCAUAAUUAGAGAUCAAUCUUGCUGUUGCCACUGCAUUGGGUUCUCAUAAUCAAAGCCUGUGUUUUAUGGAAGGUCAAAUGCAACCUUGAUGAGCAAUUACUUGAAUGUAAGACCUGUUACUUUGGCUUGAGUUCGUCAUGGGCAACUCUUGGGAGGCUUAAUCAUUAUUGUGUAAAUAAGAUUUUAUGUGGGUUCUCGCACCUCUUCUAUGGUUAGCAGAAUUUAAAGAUUCUUUCAUUCCCAUCCACGUCUAAGAAGAUAGUUUAGUACUAGAACAUUCUGGUCCAAUGGCUUUGUUGAUACUGGGUGGAAGCCCGGUGUCCUUACCCGUUUAUCAUGACAAAUUCAUGGUGAUGACCGGAGAUUACGUUUAGAUUUAGUUACUUUUUGCCCUGCUUCUGCUACUGCAAUAUGAUAUUCAUUUGGUAAACAGACUGUUAAGUGAAGCAACUUCAAGAUAUUCUAGCAUGCUUCCUGUGAAUCCCAACUUUCUAAUAGGAAUGGAAAAACUAGACAUAUAUCUCCUGAUAAGUGGUUUUUGAGACAGUCUUCCCGUUUCUUAAUCUUUAUUUUGAUAAGUGCUAAUUGGCAGGUGUUGUUAUUCAUGAUGUGUUAAAUGAAUUCAGUUACAUUAAUCAGUUUCAAGUGCUAAUUGACUCA